AACAAAAUGUUUGUUUUCUUUGCAAGUUUGCUAUCACAACAAAUAACUUUUUUAGGAUAAUAAUUUCUGAUUUUAAAUAAAGGCUUCUAACAUAACAAUAUGCCAUUGUAUGAAACCGCAAUGCAAGAAAAACCACCAGUGGUUCUAGAUAUCGGUACGGCUUAUACUAAGUUUGGUUUUGCGGCUGAAGCAUAUCCAAGAAAAAUUUUGCCCACAGAGGUUAUAUUGUCCUCAAAUGGUAAAACAAAAAAUCUUUUCGAUUAUGAAGACAAAUUGGAAUUCUAUGAUCAAAUGGUCGACUUUUUGCAGACAAUUUUCUUUAAAUACUUACUUGUGAGUCCAAAGGAACGCAAAAUUGUUGUGGUCGAAAACGUUUUUGGACAAACCAUUAUACGAGAAACGUUGGCCAAGGCUUUGUUUCGCCACUUUGAAGUUUCUUCCGUGUUGUAUGUACCAUCCCAUAUGAUUGCCUUGUCAACAUUAGCUGUUCCUCACGGCGUUGUAAUAGAUAUGGGUUAUAAUGAAACUACCGUUAUGCCUGUCUUUAGUGGCGUUCAAAUUAUGCAAGCAUUCCAAGACCAAAAGUUCGGUGGGCGCGCUUUGCACGAAGAACUCAAGAAGAUGUUAGUAGCUGCUGGUGUUAGGGAAGACUUGCUGUCCGAAACUGUUUUAGAGGAUAUUAAAGUACGCACUUGUUUUGUAACCAAUCUAAAACGAGCCCAAGCUUAUUCGGAAAAUCAACCGCCCAAAGCACCUCCAUUCGUUGAAUAUCCCAUAGGAGAUGAAGAGAUCAUCAACAUACCGGGCAACGUGCGAGAAACUGCAUUUGAGAUUUUCUUUGAAGAAAACAAUGAUCGCGAUAGUUUGCCACAUUUAAUAUUGAAAUCGAUAUUGAGCUGUCCGUUGGAUCUACGACGCACAUUGACCGAAAAUAUUUUCGUAAUUGGUGGUAGCUCUAUUAUAAUGGGUAUGUUGCCACGACUAAAAGAAGAGCUACAACACUUGGUUACAACGGACAAUGAAUACAAAGAAAAGCUACAUGGGGAUGUUAAAUUUAAAUUCCACAAAAGCAUAGGCCGGCCUAAUAUUACCGGUUGGUUGGGUGGAUCACUUUGCGGAGGAACUGACUUGGUAAAUACUCGUUCGUUGACAAAGGAAACCUAUAUACGCUUGGAAAGGGUACCCGAUUGGGUUUGCCUUGAUGAUAAUCGUGUGGCUGGAUAAUGUGCUUGUAAUUGUCGAAAAAAUUAAUUUCGUAUUUAUUAUAAUAAUUACCGAAGUAAUAUAAACGCAAACUUUAAACCUUUAAGAAA